AUGACGGACAAGCUCCCUCCUAACUUGCUGGCGCUCUUCGCGCCGCGCCCUCCGCUGCGAUGGGUUGCGCCUCCCGACCAUGCGCCCGAAUCCCGACGAACCCUGCCUGUUUCUGGCGUCGCCGAGUUCCUUCCCGCGCUCCAACAUUACAAAGAAACGGACGAAUACAAGCCGACGGAGAGCUGGCUGCAGAUGCGCGACCGCAAGAAGCUUGAGAAACAGGCUGCCGUUGAGAGGCUGAAGACUGAGGGGCCGAAGAACUUCAAGCCACACGAAGAUCCGAACAUCCGUGGCGACGCUUUCAAGACAUUGAUCGUGGCGCGGCUCUCGUACGAGGCCAACGAGCAGGAUCUCGAGAGGGAGUUUGGUCGAUUCGGCCCCAUUGAGCGUCCCAGAAAGAAGAAGAAGCCCCACCGUGGCUAUGCCUUCGUCGUAUUUGAACGAGAGAAAGACAUGAGAGCUGCUCUAGAUGCCUGCGAUGGUAUUCGAAUCAAGGACCGACGUAUCAAGGUAGACGUCGAGCGAGGCCGCACCGUCAAGGGUUGGGUGCCCCGCAGAUUUGGCGGUGGUCUUGGUGGCAGAGGUUACACCAAGGCUCUCCCCGCCCGGCCAAUGGGCGGCGGGCCUGGCGGCAACUUUGGCGGCGGCUUCCGAGGAGGUUUCCGUGGCGGCUUCGAGGGAGGACGUGGCCGCGGAGGUUUCAGGGGAGGCUUCGGUGGCCGUGGAGGUUUCCGUGGUGGCGGCGACUUUGGUUCCCGGGGCGGUGACCGCGGCCCUAACGGAUAUGGCGCACCCAGAGAUGCCCCAUCAGGACCUGGUCGCGGCUUCGGAAGCGACCGUGGCGACCGUGGCGAUCGCAGCUUCUCGGGCAGUGGGUAUGACCGUGGUGGUGGCCGCUCAUUUGACGACAGAUCUGGCGGCGGCGGUGGCGGCGGCGGCGGCGGCUACCGUGAUGGAGGCCGCUUCGGCGACCGCGGCGAUCGGGACCGCGACGGUGGCCGAAGAACUGGAAGCAACAUGGAACCGAUCAGACCCAGAGGAGAAGGUGGGUAUCGCGGUGACCGAGGCGACAGAGAGGACCGGGAUCGUGGACGCGACAGAGACAGGGACUACGACCGACCCCGCGACGAUGAUAGUAGGAAACGUGGCUACGAAGGCGGCGGCUACGAGGACCCCAGGAAGUUGCGUCGUUACUGA